AUGCAAGACACCUGCACAGCUCGUGAAGCCGAGGAGAUCCAAGGGUACGUACACCGCAACGAAUGGAAGAACUCCUCUCCGAUCAAAGAGGUCUACGGUCCGCGAACUAAAGGUACUGCACCUCUUCUCAACGCCGACGGCAGUACCCUGCUCGCCGCGAAGACACAAACCCUACAACUAUGGGCCGAGCAUUUCAGAGGCGUCCUCAACCGCCCCUCCACUCUCUCCGACGCAGCCAUUGCCCGUCUGCCUCAAGUGGGGACCAAUGCGGACCUCGACUUACCACCCUCUCUCCACGAAACCAUCAAGACCGUGCAGUAG